AUGGAAAAAUCGAGUAAUACCAUACAACGAAGGCUUUCGCUUCCCGAUCUACAGAAAUUGAGGCAAGAGUGGGAUAAGCGAGAGGCAGUUCAGGCAACAGCUCAGUUAUCUCCAGGCAAAUUACAGAUUGAUCUACUCAAUGUUCGCAGCGAUGUCACGGUGAAACGACCAUUGAUGAGACUUCGCAUGGGCUCUCAGCACUAUUUCAGUUCAAGAUCAAAGCAUGCAAACGGCAACUGGAACGAAGGAUUCUUAUUCACCAUUUCUUAUCACAAUCAGUUGUUUGAUACGAUCGAACUCGAUCUAUACGACAAAAGAAACAAAUGGAGAUCCAAAGCGAAACACAUUGGUAAAGCCAAGCUCAAGAUUGCCAAACUAAAAAAUAGAGAUGAUGUUUUUAUUACAUUUCUGCCAAUGUAUGAGUACCACGUUCGACGCUAUCUGCCUGCACACAUCCAAUUGCCUCACACUUUUCUAAAAUCACAUAUGCCCAACAUGUCAAAAUUUACACAAUACCGAUAUCACUACAAGAAGAGUGCAGCCAGCAGCGAACAUGAGCAGGAAGAUGACGAGUUAUAUUUGGAUGUACCACCAGCAUACGAACCACAUCCUAGCCAUAGUAAACAUUCCAUGACACCCUUUAUUGGCUCAAUUCAAGUCAGAGUUCGUUAUUCGUUUCAGCAUCCACCACACUCUGAAUCAGACACAUUGUCCCCUUUUUAUUUCAAUCACUCAAACAGAUCCAUGGAUACGUUUCAGUCAUACAUCACCACAUCACACAAAAGUAGUCAACGAAGUAGUAGUUACAGUAGCCACAGCAGCUCCACUGCUUAUUCCACUCGCAACAAGGACUAUCAUGAUGCGGUAGAACCACGUCUUGUACUGGUGGAUGAUCUGCAGAAUGUGGCAACACCCUCUACUCCUACACCAAAUCAUUCACAGCCCCUAUUGCCCAAAAGUGAAUCCAGCGUUGAUCUCAUGUUUCAUCAAAAUUUAGAUAAAGGAUACCGUCGACAUAUCAAUCUAGAGCAAUACAAGGUGGAUUUCCCAAAGAUGGAUGGUGAGAACAAAAAGAAGGACGAUGUGUCUGACACUGCCAGCAUCAAGAGCCACAAUUUUGGAGACAAGAACUUUGCGUUUCGAUGGGUCAAUGAGUCGUUUGAAGAAGUGGCAAUUUCACAUCCCAGCUUGGAUCGUAUGAUCGGUAUGGUAGUGAGCCCUCAGACUAGAAUUUUACUUCGAGCUGUCGUCAAGAUGUUUAACGCUUUUGGCCAAGGAUUUAAGAUUACUAUAUUGCAACUGCUAUCAUCGCUCUCAUUACUACAAAACUUUUAUACUGAUAUCCCAAGAGCGCCGCCUGCAGAAAAAAUCACUGAUCUGAAAUUCUUGGACGAAUCGUACUACUUUUUGGGCCAUGCUAUCAUUGCCUAUGGUUGGCGUGGAAUUUCAUAUCUAGGAGAUUAUGCAAAGUAUUUAAAAGACGUUGUCAAGACAAAGUCGAAUAAAGAAGCCAUCGUUCGCUAUCUCAAGAUUCCUCCAGAGGAUUUGCUAGGCUACGAGUAUGGUUUGCGUAAAGGCGCUGUGUUCCAGCCCAGUUACUUUGUCUCUUACGAUCAAGCACAUGAGGCCGUGGUGAUGGGCAUUCGAGGCACAUGGAGUCUCUAUGAUUGCAUCACUGAUUUAGUGUGUGAAUACAGGCCUUGGAAGGGCGGCCUUGUCCAUUCAGGCAUCCUUGCGUCUGCGCAAUGGUUCUUUACUCGCAUCAUACCGCAGAUCUAUCUAUACAUCAGUGAACAGACGCAAAACAAGACUCGCCGCAUCUCGUCCUUUAUUAUUACUGGUCAUUCGCUCGGUGCUGGUGCAGCAGCCGUGCUGACCAUGAUGGUAGUGGAUCACAUUGAGCAGCUGAGAGAGCUAUCCAAUAAUCCCGACUUCAAGGUCCACUGCUACAGUUACGCCCCGGUGGCCAGUGUGUCGCAUGAUCUCUCUGAGAAAUACAAGGAUCACAUUGACAGCUUUGUUUGCCACGAUGAUCUAGUAGCUAGGCUUUCUUACGGCACUGCCUCCUGUGCAAAAGAACUAAUCAUGGACUCGUUGAUUGCAGUUGAUGGCUUAGGUGGAUCCACCAAAGUGAACAACAACCCUGCCACUCGAAAGGAGUGCUUUGAUAUCAUACAAACCCGCCGAAAAGAAAUAUACCACAACAAAGAACCUCGAUACCCGCUUUUAUACGUACCUGGUCGUGUCUUUCAAUUCAGACGUGGAGGACCCAAGGGCUCCAACAAGCUACCAACCCAAGACAUUAAAUUGCCAGGCACCAACCCCACCUCUGCAUCCGCCACUCGUCCAAGAGCUUCCUCCUCCUCCUCCUCCUCUACAACAGCAUCAGGCACCCCUACUGAAAAAAAGAAACGAUCGACGCCACUCUCCACAGUCGUCAAUGGCCUCAGUCAAUCUGAACCUGUAUUACCACAUCCUCCUGUAUCUCUAGAUUCCAAAUCCACCAGUGCUCCUACACCGCUCAACCAAGUUACAUUUACAUUACAUCGCUCAUCACCUAUGCUGUCUGAAGAAGUGCUGAUUUCAAAGACUUGCCUGGAGGACCAUAUGGUAGUGACCUAUUUAACAGCAUUUCAAAUGGUGCGUCAAGACUGUAUGCGUCAAGAUUCUUUUCGUCGCAAAAAGGACAAUGAGGCAAACAUCAAGUCCACUGCAUCCUUCUCUUCAUCCUCAUCAACUCUUCGUCAGAGCACCACAGUCAGCCCCUCGUCCACAAAGAUCAAGUUAAAUGACACGGUAUUGAGCUCGUUUCCUCGUUCAGAAGAAGACGAAAGCUUAGCUACUUGA